CUCUGACCAGAACGACAAAGACACCUUCUGCUACAUCACACAGCCGGAGAGGAGGGAAGAAUAAACCCUGAACCAAAGGACUCAAAUCGGACCCUGAAGACAACUGAACGUUUUUUAGGCUGCAAAUAGUUUUGCUUCUAUGCAGGAAGAUGGUCAGUGUGGUGGAUAGAGUGGUAUUUGUUUUCUUCAUCACAGCACAGGUUUUUACACUAGUCUGGUGCCAGGUGUGUCCACGGAGAUGCCAGUGCCCUAAAGAGCCUCCCAUGUGUCCCCCUGGGGUGCCUCUGGUUCUGGAUGAUUGCAUCUGCUGCCUGGUGUGCGCCCGUCAAAAAGGGCAGGCGUGCUCUGACAUGAACCCCUGUGACACACGUAAAGGGCUCCAAUGUGACUACUCAGCUGACAUCCACAAGAGGACUGGUAUUUGUACAGCUCCCAAGGUAGCUGUGUGUGUUAUAGACGGCUCUGCCUACCAGAACGGUCAGACCUUUUUCCCCAGCUGUAAGUACCAGUGUAUAUGCCGCGACGGGCAGGUGGCAUGUGUGUCACGCUGCAAAGUGGAUGUUAUGCUGCCUGGACCAGACUGCCCCAUGCCACGCAGGAUCCAGGUGCCCGGAGAGUGCUGUGAGAAGUGGGUGUGUGAGCCCCAGGCUGGGGCCAGUGCACUGGGCAGCUUUGCCAUGGCAGCCUACCGUCAGGAAGAAACUGUGAGUUUUGACGGCUGGGACCGUAGCCUGAACUGCAUUGAGCAGACUACAGAGUGGGGAGCGUGCUCUCAAACGUGCGGCAUGGGGGUGUCCACCAGGGUCACAAAUAAGAACAGCCGGUGUGAGAUGGUGAAGCAGAGUCGGCUGUGUAUGAUUAGACCCUGCGAUGAGCAGCAGGUCCAGCUGACACAGCUUGCACAAAAGAGAGGCAGUAGGUGCCAGAAGAUGGUGAGGAGCAGCAAAGCCAUUCACCUCUCCUAUAAGAACUGCACCAGCGUCCAAGCCUACAAACCUCGCUUCUGUGGCUCCUGCACAGACGGACGCUGCUGCACCCCUCACAGAACCAAAACCACGCUGGUGGAGUUCCAGUGUGCUAAUGGGAAAACUACACGGAGGCCUGUCAUGGUGAUCGUGACGUGUGCCUGCCACCGCCACUGCCCUCGAGACAAUGCUGCGUGGCCGCCCUCAGAGCUGGGUUACACUGGCAUGAGAAUGUAGAUCAGGGAGCACCCAAAAGUUUAUUAGUGAGAUCACAAUUAUCACGAGUCAAACACCAGAGUGGGGCUGAUGGCUCUGUUCUAAAACCAUCUAUAUCUUUAGUAUGAAUGAAGAACUUAUUUUAAACAAUUCCCAUUAUACACAGUAUAUUCUAUAGAGCUAUAAUUUGGGACAUAUACACAUCUGACAUCUGCCCAUUGUGGUACAUGUAUUCACAUGUUCAUUUUUUGAUAUCUCCUGGUGAGGAAUUGUUUCACAUCCUGUGGAAGAUAAAAAAAAUCUUUACUUUUAUUAAGUACGAUGAAAGCACUUAAACCUUAUGACUUAUGCGGCCUCUUCACUUCUGGAGAUCAGAUACAGCAUACUGCAAUCCUUCCAUAAUAGAUUUGGACAGAUGAGUGUAGGCUGUAAAGAGUCUUUUAAACACCCUCUAUUAAAGAGGUAGAGUAGUAUGAUGAUAUACAAGCACAGGGUUGUGUCACGGCUGUACGAAGCCUUUCUGCAACACAAUGUUUAUUGCUAAUAAAUUCAAGAAUACCCUGUAUCAGAAUAAAUGUUAUUGUACAGCUUGACACUUGGAUUAAAAUUCAUUUUGAUAAACAGACAGAAAAGAGGAAAGUGAGAGCAAAGGUUACAGCCAGAGGCGAUCAGUAACCUUUUCUCCCACUGUGAGACACGUUUUUGAAAUAAGUGAACUGUUUAGUUUGGACAUGGUUGCAAACAAAAGCUCAACCAGUGAAAGAGAGGUCACUGUGGUGUCUAAGUGCCAUUUCUAACAUUGUCCUGAAAUCUUGCCUCAGUUUCAAAUGUACGCUUUUUAUUUCUAGUGGACUUGUUUCUGUAUUUUUAUUUAAAGUAGCUCACAUAACAGCUAUUUUGAUCAUGACAAAAGUUUUGUAAAUACUUGCUGUGUAGCCUGUUUGACCGAGUGUGUAUUGAAUACACAGAGUUAAUUGGUAAUAUUAAACACAAAUUGUAUAUAUUUCUUCUGCUUGAUUCUUUUCGGCUUCUUUUUGUAUGUUUCUGAACAAAAAUUGCGAAACUCAGCAUUUGAAAUAAAGGUGUAUUUUUUGUAUGACAGCUGUGUUUUCUUUAUUAACAUGCAUUUGGAAUCAUUCUUACUUUUGGGAUGAAGGUAGGAUAAAAUAUCAUUUUCAACGGGUUUGAGCAAAAUGUGAAACAUGCAAGUUUUUAAUAUAAAACUUGCAGCUUGCGAAUAAAGCUUGCAGGACACAACGUGCUACUGAUGCUGCUGAAUGCGUGGUCGAUCUUUGUGCUAUAUCGUGCUGUUCUGCUGUACUUGAUGUCUACGCGAGUUUUAUCUGUCAGAUUCUGCAUAUGCAAACUAUUACUUAACUGACAAUGGCUGCUCUACAUUAAGAAGAAGUUAGAAGAAGAAGAAUUUAGAAUUUGAUAAUAUAGUUUUGAGAAAUCACAGACACUCACAGAUUUAAAUGACAAAAAUGGGCUUUUUCCCAGAAAUAAAUUGACAUAUUUUUUGUUUCAGCCACGUGUUUUAGGAAAUACCUCUUCCAAAGGAUUCCCUUUUGAAACUUUAAGAUGUUUGUGUUGGGACCUGGGAAUUACCAAACCCUGUGAACUCUGCUGACAGCGGGAGGUGGCUCUUUGACCUCUCUCCAUGAACCCAACCUGGGCGGUCAUAAUGGAAAACCCAAAUAUUCCCUGUGGGACUGCCACAGUUUCCUAAAAUACCUCCUCAGUAGAAACUUUAGUUCAUAGCUCAAAUCAGCGGGGGCUGACAGUGUGGUCGGUGCUUCUGAUUGCAUUAUUUUGCUGUCCAGAGGUGUGUGGAGAUGUUAUGUGUUUUUAACAUGUGGCUCUAGGAUUUUAAGUUUGUUAUGUUGCAGUCAGUUGUAUUUACUCUAAUUUUUUUAUUAUUAUUAUUGAUACGAAUGUAUCAAUUGUUGUUUCUGUAAUUCUUGUAUAUAUCUUGGUAACAUUAAAAAUUCAUCCCUUUUAGUUUUUUGAGGGAUUUGCAUAGAAAAAGUUAGUGAAUGGAUUCCAUCUUAUGCGAAAUAGACCAGAACACCAAUAACAUGUAAACAACAAUACAGUAACAAAUUGAAAAAUAUGCAGAAUACAAUUUAAAAUCUUAGGUCAAUACAGUAUCACUGACAUAAAGAAACCUUUUAUGUAUCAACACUGUAUCAGUUAUUAUUAUUUCAGCUUGUAUAAUGUUCUUAGUUCAGCAUGCUGGCAUGUUACUGACACUAACUGGGGCUAUUGCGAAUGUCAGCAAGACUGACCAUGAGACUGCCUUGCAAAUAGAAAUUUUGAGCUGAUAAUGCAAAAUGAUCUUUCAUUAUGGUUAUCUUAGAAAUUUCUCUCCAGUUAUUUAUAUGGCAGGGCUGCUAAAUAUAAAAUCUUGAACCUCAAUUUCUGAGCAGAGAACAAAUUGUUUUUACCUUAAGUCUCCAAGGAGCAUUUUAAUUGAAAAACAAAACAAAACAAUGUGGUGGUUUAGCUACAUUAAGUACUGUUUAGUUGUACUGUAUACAGUAUUUCAUCUGACAUCAGUGAUUUGUGAACGUAUGAGGGGGUAUUAGAAAGCGUGAGCAUAUUGCUCCCCCAAGUGGUGUUACCAUGCUCUUGAAAACCUAAUGUGAAUCAUUUUUCAUGUUGUGCAAUAAUAAUGUAAAAUGAUAAAAUUACAGCUGUAAAACCAUUUAUUGUGAUUUUCUGACAUUUUGUGUAUAAAGUUCCAUCAUAUUGUUGCACAUGGCUAAGUGGCAGAUUCCUUAAUCGCUACGCAGCUGGAAGCACACUGACCACAGCUUGUUAGUCUUCCAGCUCAUAAAGGAAAAGAUAUCCAUCUCUGUCUCUCUGUGAAGAGUAACGAUGAAAAAAACAUGAUGCUUUAAGAAAUACUCUUGAAAAAAAAAAUUUUAGUAGGAAGUUUAAAAAGUAGUAAAUUAAAAAGAAAAGGUCCACAUCAUUUUUUCCAUUGUUGCCAAGCAUCCAGCACUGAAAUGAAAUGAAAUGACAUCAGUCUUUGGUAGACUCAGAUUAGCCCUCUGUACUGUUUGACGUCCAAUAUGAAAUCAGAGCCAGGAAUAUCAAAGCAAACAUCAAGUAUAAGCGAACUGAUUCUGGAUCUUGAAAAAUUUCUCGCAACUUCCGUUGCAGCCUCUGUACACAGCUGAGUUCCUCAAAAGGACGAAAGAACAGGAAAAUUCUCUCGCUGAAGUUGCAGCCAGUAACAGAGUACACUAUCAUUGCAUUGUCUGGAUCAUAGAAGAACAAGUAUCCCUGCUCA